UUUGACAUUUCUUAAACAAAAAUGUUCAAUUUUGAAAAUAUUUGCCGUACCUGUUCCUUACAGGGUGAAUUACAAUCCUUAUUUGCUGAUGAUAUUCCAAGUCCUGCAGAAAUGUUAACUGAAAUUGAUAUUAAGGUGAUAAAGGGCGAUAAAUAUCCACAAAAUAUUUGUAAAAGAUGUUUACUUAAUUUAAAAUCAGCGUACUUAUUUAAGAGUCAAUGUCAAAAUGUCUAUAAUAAAUUCAAACAAUAUGUAUCGUCGAACUCAGAAACUGUCAUAGAUAAUGGAGAAAUGAUUAAUACGGUUUUUAUUAAGGAAGAAAAACAAUCGGAUCAUUUAGAAAUUGACCAAAAUUGUUUAGAAUUAGAGCGGGAAUUAAUAAAUAAUUCAAAUAAUAAAAAUGACUACGAAUGCGAAAAAUGUAGCAAAAAAUUUAAAAAUCAAAAAAGUUAUCAGCGCCAUUUGGAUAAGGGCAAAACAUUUAAACAGUGUAAAAAUACUUAUAAACGUAAGCUUAAAAUCGAAUGUGAUGUAACGUUAGAACAUGACGAUAAUGAAAUUGAUAUCUCAAAUAAAACAACUGGAAAAACUUUCGUUAGAGAUAAAAUUUCCCAAAAAAUCGAAAAAUUAUUAUGUGAUUUUUGUGGUCUAGAAUAUAGGAAUUUUACUAGACUAAAGGAACAUGUUCGAACUCAUACCGGUGAAAAACCAUUUGCUUGUAUCGAAUGCAAUAAAUCCUUUCGAUGUAAAUCACUUUUAAACCAUCAUCAACGAAUCAAUCAUUCAAGUGAAAAACCAUAUAAAUGUGAUUUUUGUGGGAAAUGUUUUGGAUAUUCAAAAUGGUUAAAAAACCAUUUAAGGAUACAUACAAAUGAUAAACCGUAUACAUGUGAUAUUUGUAAUCAAAAAUUUCGACAAAGGCAUCAUUUAACACGACAUAAAUACGUACAUACCGGUGAAAAACCAUUUUCGUGCGGUGUUUGUGAUAAACAAUUUACACAAAAUAGUAAUUUACGAACGCAUAUGCGAACACAUACAGGUGAAAAACCUUAUGUGUGUUCGAUAUGUGAGAAAGGCUUUCAUGAUUCAAGUAGUUUGAAAAAUCAUCGAGAAAAGCAUAAAAUGUUUAAUAAUGAAGAAAAUCAAAAUGUACCACCUAUUUUAAAUACAGAUAAAUGA